AUGCCAGAGUUCCGCUCCUACGAUCUUUCUCAACCCCUGGGCAGACAACUGCCAAAAGCUUGCGAGCAGUGCCAUGUCCGCAAAGUGAGGUGCAUACCGAAUGCUGAGGGCGAGGCUUGCCAACAAUGCGUCAAGCAUGGCACUGAGUGCCGACCGCGUAUUAGAAAGCGGAGGCGAGCCCGGACGAGUGGGAAUAACGACCCAAGUUCUGAGGCUAUCGUCUCGCGCCACUAUCCCGGGGCCACAAGUGCCAGUGUCUCCAAUGAAGGCGGGCUCGAUCACAGACACGGCCGACGACCGCCGCCUUUGCUCUUCGCAGAAUCUGGCACGAGGGGAUCCACGAACAGCUCUCCGGCCACCUCAAGCACCCUCGAUCGCUUCCACAACUCAUCAUACCUAUGCCGCACUGCUAUACUCGGCCAAGACUUUCAAGACAUCGACCACACACAUGGAAGCAAUGCCGAUCGUCGUCAUGCUCUGUCAUCCACCGACCUGCAGAUGCUCGAGCUUUAUCAGGCGUUUGAUCUCCCCGAGCAACCAGAGCGGCAAAGCUUGAUAGAUGCUUGCUUCGAAAGGUGUUGGACCUGCAUGCCUGUGGUUGAUCGAACAACACUGGUAGGGACGGCAGAGAGUGAGAUCUCAUAUGUGGUUCUCCAGUCGAUUUUACUUGCAGGAUCGCUCAUGCGACCAAAUCGCUAUUCAAGCGCGGUGGUAGAGACAAUAUACAGGCGGGUGAAAGCGCUGCUUGAUUGUGGUCAUGAACGAAAUCCACUGAACGUCCUCGCAGCCUUGUGCUACAUUCAGUGGUAUCCUUCGCAAGCGCCAAAGGAUAUCUCUCUGGACUCGCCCAGGUUCUGGACUACGAUGGCGAUUGGAAUAGCUCAGCAAAUGGGCCUCCAUCGCAAGUCUUUAUCGCCUGGUCCAGAAGAAGGCCUCAGGAGGAGACUGUGGUGGUGUCUGCGAACGAAAGACAAUCUUUCAGCCUCUGCCCAUGGUAGGCCACGGCAUGUGAACCCACUCGACUGCACUCAACCGCCAUUGACCCUGGAAGACUUUCCUGACCCUUCGGACCGCAGAGCACACAUCUCCAUAUCAUAUGUCACCAUCAUCGAUAUUUUAGGCGACCUAUGCCAAUUGAUGGCGCGGAACGGCGAUGCUACUCUUUCAGAGAAGAACGAAAUCGCAAGACGACUACUAACAUACCUAGACUCCCUGCCCGAAGACCAAAGACUCGUCGCCGCUGACGGCUCGGCCAUGCCUUACGAUCUGGACAUAGCCCAGCUCCACAUCCACAUCCUGGCAACAAUCUCCAUCCUCUACCGCUCGAAAUCCAUGUUCUCCUUGACAUCCGCCAACGCCGCCAGCAUAGCAGCGGCAAACCUCAGCUUCCGCAUAUUCGAAGCCAUCGAGCUACGAGAGCAUACGCACUGCCUCAGCUCUGCUUUUGCGUGGUACAUGCUGGUAACUGCCUCGCCUCCUUUGGCUUGCCUGCGUCUGCCAGAGUUGAGCGUCAAUGCUGGCUUGGCGUUAGACUCUCUUGAGAUUUCGUUGGAGACGCUGGCGAGGACGAGACCUUCCGCUAAAGCCAACCUCCGGAAUGUCAGGGCGAUACGCAAGGCGAUGACGUCUUCAAGUGUCCCAUCUAUUGGUCGCGAGGCUGAGAACUGUGUGGUUGGAUCGGAGGAAGGUUUCAGCUAUCUGACAAUGGCAUCGACACUUCUUGCACGAUACGGUUAUGAUGCAGUGAGGCAUUACGAAGAGCUGGUUCAGGUCCUUGGACCGAGCCAUACGAUUACAACCUUGGUAUAG